AUGCAGAUUGCAGUUGGAACAAGAGACCAGAUGGUUCAAGUUCUCAUGCCAAAUACGAGCGUGCAGCUCCAGUCCAUCUUUGCAGUGCAGCUUGAAAAUACAGUACCCAAGUCUGUAGCAUUUGUGGAUAACAGAGCCAUCUAUGUCUUCAGGCUGUAUGAUGGCAAAUUCAUGAAACUGGAGGAUGAAGAUGGUACUAUAGUGGAGGAGAUUAGCUGUAAAUCAAUGAUUGGUGAACCAAAAGCAUGGGGUUUUGUCAUAGACAACGCAACUGAUGGCUUUACAUUGUAUCACCUCGAAGGCAAGGGGGAGCCUGUUCGAACAUUCAUGACUGCUUUGCCAAGCAUGUCAGUCCCAAAGCAAGUGGCAUUUGGAGAAGAAGGCAAGGUAGUUGCAGGAGGAAGUGAUAAUGGACUAGCAUAUAUAUUCAAUAGGAAGAUGGGGCAGACACACAAUCUUGAUGGCCGCUGCACAAUUGCCUGCACUUCGCCGGCAUCAGGGCAGGAGAAAACUACAAUCAAGAUAUGGGUGUGUGACUAUGCAGCACAGAAGGUAUCCAAGACUCCUCCACAGAACUAUUGUAUGUUCCUGGUAAACUAUAAAGACGUGAUUUAUGACAGAGCAAUUAAUAAUCUGCACCAGUAUAUGACUUCAGCAACAAUGGUUAAUGCAGCUGUCAACUUUUCCCAACAUGUCAAAGUGGCCAUGAUCUUUAACAACUAUGAGUCCUUAGACAUGCAGAGGGAAGGCCAAAUGGAAGGACCCACGGAAGGACCCAAGAAUGACAUCAGGAUGCUCCAAAAAUUGGCAAAGAAGCUCAUGGAACUAGCUGAAAAAGCAGGUGGAGAAAUCAACAAAGAGAGACACAAGGGCCCAGAGGUGAAAGAUCACAAGACUAAUCAGUGA